CGAGCUCGGGAUGGAGGCGGGCGAUCUCCGAUGUUUGCCGAGCGCAGCCGAAGAUACCCGGAAGUGAAACCGGGGCAAUGCACAGCUAGUUUGAGCUUCGGACGGCGGCUCACACACACACACACACACACACACACACACACACACGUUCACACGAGCCCGUCAGCGGCUGGUUAACGGUGACCGGUUUUAACCUUCUCCACAGGUCGCCAUGUCUGUGUUGUGUUACAAUAAAGCGUGUGGACAGAGGUUUGAUCCAGAAAACAACCCGGACGAUGGCUGCACCUAUCACCCGGGAGUCCCUGUGUUCCAUGAUGCAUUGAAGGGAUGGUCGUGCUGCAAGAGAAGAACCACUGACUUCUCUGACUUCCUCAACAUUGCUGGCUGCACCAAAGGUCCCCAUAACAAAGAGAAGCCUCCUGAGCCGGUGAAACCAGAUGUGACUUCAACAGGAGAAAAGAAAGAAGCAGACGACCAAAAACCAAAGUUUAACGAGUACAUCAUUUCCGCGCCAAAGCCUCAGGAGGCGAUUCGCAGACCGAGUGUUGACGAGCCGUUGGUGAGAUUGCAGCAUAAAGUCUCAGUUUCCCUGAAGAACGCGCUGGAGAAACUGAAGCUGUCUGAAAAUGCAGCCGAGAAGAAAGAGGAAGACAGCGACGAGAUCAAGAUUGGAACGCUUUGUAAAAAUGGAGGCUGUACCAAAAGUUUUGAAGGACCCGCAAGUGAUUCUGACACAUGUGUCUUCCACUCUGGAUUUCCUAUCUUCCAUGAAGGGAUGAAAUACUGGAGCUGCUGCAAGAGGAAAACCUCUGACUUCAACACCUUCCUCUCUCAGGAGGGCUGCACCAAGGGAACUCAUCUAUGGAGGAAAAAAGAUGCGGGUAAGAAAGUAGUUCCGUGUCGGUUUGACUGGCACCAGACUGGGACGCAGGUCAUCAUCUCUAUCUACGCUAAGAACGCCGUCCCAGAUCUGAGCUACGUUGAUGCAAACAGCACCACGCUCGACAUACAUGUCAUAUUUGAAGGGGAAAAGGAAUUUGAGCAGAAAAUCAGCUUGUGGGGGGUGAUAGAUGUGAGUAAAACUACAGUGAACAUGAUGGCGGCCAAGAUCGAGGUAGCCAUGAGGAAGUCCGAGCCCAUGUCGUGGGCCCGUCUGGACCUCCCUCCCCCCGUCCCGCCACCCAAGGUGGAGGAGAACAAAGAAGAUGAUAGUGAAGAUGAAGACGAAUGAUGAGGACUUACAGUUAAUUUCACCGAAUCCGCCGCCGCUCCAUUCUGUCCCUCUUUAUAGAGUCGCCUCUUCUGCUGAUGUGGGACUUCGGCCUCUCCUCAACAUUUUCACCUUCCUUGAUUUUCUCAAUUUUUUGUCUUUAUUUUUUUUCCGUCAUAAAGUUUAUUCUAAAGAUCUACAAGUAUUUUUACAGCUGUUUUUCACCUAAGGACUGGGGGGGGGGGGCUCUGACUUUUAAUAGACUCACUGCACUGAUCAACACAAAGAGUCCCGUGUGACCGUGUUUUAAUGUCAUACCCAUAAAGCCCUGUUUUGUGUCUCGUCACAUGGACUGAUGACGUCAUGUUAUCCCAAAGGAUCACACUGCUAUUCCACCAACGACGUUUUCCUGUUUUUCAUUCCACUCUGGUUUUCCUUAUGUAACAUGGUGCAUUGUUUGGUCCACCAGUAUCACAUCAGACUAAAUGCUGUACUCUUAGAUAUUUAUCUGUGUUUGUGUGAUGAUGAAGCUGCUCCAUGUCGUCCGAGUAGGAAAUUCUCCACCUCUAAAAUGUAUACUCUUGUAUGAUACAGAGUUUUUUUCUGAAUAAAUGAACGUAGAAAUAAGAUGUUUGCUCCAACUUGAUCCAUCUUUUUCACCUGUAGAUUUAUUUUUACAUGAUUAUAUCAAAUGUACACUUUGUACAAGUUUUGCUUUCAAACGAUCGACGCUGUUUUUGUCCUAAUUUAACCAACAUGGCACCAUUUUAAUGAGAAUGUACUGUAUUAUUGGAUAAUCCCAACUGAGUACAUAGUAUUUUGAAGCAAAGUACUGUGUUAUUUAAAAUAAUGCUCUGCUCUGGACAGCAUGUGUCAAGGCUCAGAAUGAAUGAAAUAAAUCUGGCUGAAUGAGACCACGAAAUGAGGUUAAAGUUAUUAAGGAACACAUUUGUUUUACCAAAAAUAAACUUUUGAGUGGAACUUUUAAA